ACAGGGAGAAUAUGCAGGAAAUUUUACCGGGUAGCAUUGAGAGUGCAAUAGGCCAUGCUUUGGAUCUCCCCCUCCAUCGCAGGAUGCCAUGGAUGGAAGCUCGGAUGUAUAUAGACAUGUAUGAGCUUGAAGAUGACAUGAGCCCUCCAUUGCUUCAUCUCGCUAAAAUCCAUUUCAACAAGGUCCAAAGCAUUCAUCAGAAGGAAUUAAAACACGCCGGAAGCUGGUGGAGAAGAUUGGAUCUGGGAAAAACAAUAAACUUCUCAAGAGACAGGCUUAUGGAAUGCUUCUUUUAUGUUGUUGGAAUUGUUCAUCAUCCUGAUUAUGGAUUUUGCCGAGAAAAACUUACUCAAGUUGGUAUGUUGAUUGCAACUAUUGAUGACGUUUAUGAUGUUUAUGGAUCCCUUGAAGAACUUGAGCUCUUUACCCAAAUUAUUGAUCGUUGGGACAUCAAAGGCAUCGUAGAACUUCCAUAUUAUAUGAAGAUUUGUUUUUCUGCCCUCAACGACACUAUCAAUGGAGUCACAAAUCAUCUCUAUUUAGAUGAUAGAUUGGAAGCCAUACCUUAUAUUAAAAGAGUGUGGGCAGACUUAUUCAAGACAUUCUUGGUAGAAGCAAAAUGGCAUAAGAAAGGAUACAUUCCAACACUAAAAGAGUAUCUUUCUAAUGCUUCCAUCUCAAUAUCAGGCCAUGUCAUACUUUUCCAUGCUUAUAUCUUAUUAAAAUGUAAAAUAAGUAAGGAGACUCUACAGCAACUUCAAGAUUUUCCAAAUAUCAUUCGAUUACCAUCCCUAAUAUUCCGCCUCUGCAACGACUUAGCAACAUCAUCGGCAGAACAAGAGAGAGGCGAUGUCGCAACAUCAGUUCAAUGCUACAUGAAAGAAACAGGAGCUUCUGAGGAAGAAGCUCGCUUAUAUAUAUCAAUAUUGAUAAAUGAUGCAUGGAAUGAUCUGAACAGAGAAUAUUCAGCUUGUUCUAAGCCACUAUUUCCUCAAAGAUUCAUUGAUGCUUCUAUAAAUCUUGCAAGAAUGGCAAAUUUCAUGUACCAACAUGGAGAUGGAUUUAGUGCUCCAAGUCAUCAGAUUAAGGGAUCCAUAAAGUCAUUGCUCCUCAAUAGCAUUUCUAAUAAUUUAUAUGAAAGAGAUAUGCAGUGAAGAUCCAAUCAUUUAAUCAACCAAUUGCAUAAGGUCUAAGCAUGAUCUCCGAGGAUAACAUGGCAUUGCUCCACAACCUAUAAAUAAGUUAAGUCGUGCAUGAGUAAUGUCUUAUUAUAGACUAUUUAUAUGUAAAGGAUAUAUAGUUGAUAAAAUGAGAAAAUUUUAUGUACAAGAUGGUGAAAGAAAACACUCAGGCUUGUAUUAAACUAUUUGUUCUAGAAUUUAGUUUAUACAAAUUGUUAAA